AUUGCUAGUUUAGCUUCACUUUCAUUCAUUUCAUCCCUGGAUGCAACUAUCAUGGCCAGCAUUUAUGUACCAGUUGCCAGUGAUUUCGACGCGCUAGGCCAGGCUGUCUGGAUCAUCACCACGUACAUGCUAUCGUCGACGAUUGUACAGGCGAUUAUCGGAAAAAUCAGCGACAUCCUUGGCCGUGUCGAAACAACUCUUACCUGUACCGCCAUAUUUUUGGUUGGCUCCGUUCUCUGCGGGGCAUCGCAGUCGAUGAACAUGCUCAUCGCCAGCCGCACAAUCCAGGGGAUCGGCGGUGGAGGGGGUAUGGGUUUGACGAUAGUAAUGCUGGGUGAUAUUUUCAGCGAGCGCGAACGCGGCAAAUAUAUUGGUAUAUUUGCUGCUAUAGUGGGAAUUGCCACUGUGGUCGGACCGGUGAUGGGUGGCGGCAUCGUCGAGCAUGCUUCAUGGCGAAUCGUAUUCUGGAUCAAUAUUCCGAUUUGCAUCAUUUCCAUGGCCCUGAUCUUCUUCACGCUCAAGCUGCCAAAGACCAAGGGAACGUUCAAGGAGAAAAUCAAGCGCAUUGACUUUAUCGGCUGUGUGUUGUUCACCAUUGGGAUGGUUCCUAUUUUGCUUGGACUGUCUUGGGGUGGCCAGCAGUACGAGUGGACAUCGGCGCAGGUCCUGGCGUGUCUCAUUUGCGGAUUUGUCGUACUGCUUGUGUUUGGAUAUGUCGAGUACCGCUUUGUUGCUGACCCAAUCAUCCCAGUACGUCUCCUAGGAAACCACAAUGUCCUUGCAGCCUUAGGGGGGGUAUUUGCCACAGGUGGGGUCAUGUAUGGUCUGUCAAAUGUCAUUCCUACCUGGGAACUCGCGAUCAAGCACGCGUCAACUAUAUCAGGUGGAUUGCAUAUUCUUCCUAUGGCCCUUGGGGUUGUAUUGGCAUCGCCUCUGUGUGGUAUAUACAUGACCAGAACUGGUCGAUUCCUCAUACCGAUUCGUGUUGGUGCAGUCCUUGCUGCAGCUGGUGCGUCCUUACUUUUGCUGUACAAAGCGAGCACUGGAAUGGCAGAGCGAGUUAUCUAUCUAUUUCUAGCUGGUCUUGGCAUUGGUUUCAUAUCUCAGCCAGCUUUAAUUGUCUGUCAAGCUAGUGUUUCUGGCAGGCACAUGGCAACAGUGACAACAUCAUUUGCCUUCAUUCGAACACUGGGUGGAAUCCUGGCUACCAGCAUUAUGACUUCGAUCCUGGACAGCCGCAUCAAGACAGGUAUCACCGGCUUGGUGAACGAA